AUGCACAGAGCCUCUGUUGGCAAGCCGGCCCCAGACUUCACCGCCACGGCGGUCAUGGAUGGCAAGCUCAAGGAAAUCAGUCUAAGCGCUUAUACCUCUGCUAAUCACUGGGUUGCACUCAUAUUCUUCCCCAAAGCCUGGUCAUUCGUCUGUCCAACCGAGAUCCGCGCAUACAGCGAACGUCUAGAGGAGUUCCUGUACACUCGCUCAUGCGCCGUUGUCUUUGCAUCCACCGACACUGAGCUUUGUCUUCGCGCCUGGAAUCACACCAACGAGAUGGAGGGAGGCCUCGGUGGCGUUCAUGUUCCCCUCAUGAGCGACAGCAACCACAAGAUCAGUCGUGAUUACGGUGUCCUGCUCGAGGAUCAAGGUGUCGCCGAGCGCGCACUCUUCAUCAUCGAUCCCAAGGGCACUGUCAGAAACAUUACCAUCAGUGAUGCAGAUGUCGGACGCAGUGUCGACGAAACUCUGCGUAUCAUCGAUGCCCUCGCCUUCAAAGACGAAUACGGAGAAGGCUGCCCCGUCAACUGGAAGAAGGGCGAUGCAGGUCUGAAGAUGGCUGAGCAAACCAAAAACAGUUGCAUAAUGAAGCUUCAGAAUUUCAACGAAUAG